CUCAGAUCUAGAUUUACCCGGCCUGGCCGCGGCCGCACUCGGCCUCGGCUCUCGAUCGCGAUCUCGAGCUCGCUCGAAUCAUGAUUGACUUGUUUUGCAUUCUGCCUGGCGUUUUGUCUUGAGACAUUCGUGUAAAACAAUUGGAAAUCUGACCGACUCUUCUCAUAACAAUAACAGAAACUCAAAAGGAUCAGGAGUUUGCUGCUCCUAAAAUCGGAACCGUUCCUAGGAGAAACUUGAGGUUUCAUGAGACUUAGCCUGUGAGUGGACAAGGAUCAUUCACCUGCAUGGAUGCGCUCAUUCUCUUUGAUGAUAAUGAACUGAGAUGGGGAUGAGUAUAGAGCAACUCUUCCCGUUUCUUCUGGUAGCAGGAAUCAUCUUCAUCCUCAACAUCGUCUUCUGUUGCUAUCUGUCCAAGUUGAGGAGAGAAGGCCAAUUUGAAAUGGGAUACAAACAGGUUGAAUACUCCAAGAAGAUGACCAAUGAUGCUUGCGCCGUGUGUUUAGAGGAGUUCAUACUAGGGGAACGAGUAGGACAGUGUCCAUGCAAGCAUAACUUUCAUACUGUCUGUGUUUCAAGGUGGCUGGACUCACAUGAGACCUGUCCUAUUUGCCAGACCAGGGUAAGACCAAGUCGAGAGACAGAGCGCACAAGACUAGUUUCCGUGGAUACAUGACGCCUCUAUUGCUAGGUGGGUCUGGGUUCUUAAUGGACCAUGUAGAUCAAGUCCAGUGGUGGAGCAACUAGAGGCAGGGUAAUAAUUCUACAUAAAACUCUGGUUUUUAAAGACUAGCCAGUUAAACCUUAGAUGCUGCAGGACCGAUGUCUGUGACUUUCAUUUCUGGACCUAAUCAGCAGUGGACCAAAUUUAGACUAGGUCCAGCAACAUAACGACCUGUAAAUGUGUUGUCAGACGUUGACUUCUGAAAUUGUAUAUCAGCAUUUAUUCUGCCUUGUAGAUACUCAUUGUAAGUUCUUCUUCAGUGCAAUCAAAAAGUUAAGAUAAAUUUCUAGAUAUAUAAGAUUGUUCCGUCGGUCUCUAUUGUUGAAAAAGCGAUGGGAAAUGGUUACCGGUAAGCAUUUACUAUGUUCGAUAAUAUUUGACAAAAAUAUGUAAUGAAAAUAUAUGAUGAUAUAAUAUAUGACAGAAUGUGUUUGAGGGAUUUUUUAAAAUCCAAAAUGCUAUGCACGACCUUCAUUAUUAUAUGAGAAAAUAAAAAAAUUGAUUAUUCUUGUUACAGAACUGUCCGAUUUCACCCCAUCAGACAUGACCGCAUUGCCAAUAUGAGUAUUCCUAAAUCAUUAAUAGUGAUCAUGAUUUUUGAAAUAUAUGCAUAACUCCUAAUGUCAGCAAAAUUAAAAUGAAACAGUUAUUCUAUACCCAGUACUUAGUAAUGUGUUAAAUGAAUUCUCAUUUUACCCUGUUUACCCCCCCCCCCCUCUCUCUCUCUCUCUCUCU